GCCACUUUCAAUGCGGGACACUUGAAGAAUUCAUCCAUUGCGACGCCGUGAAUACUCCCAUCCAACCUCUUUAACCCUCCCUUUGGCCAAGCGGAGGCCAACUGAAACGUCAUGGCGAUUCAGAAGAAACACGGAAAAGGUCGUCUUGACAAAUGGUAUAAGUUGGCCAAAGAGAAGGGUUACCGAGCCAGAGCCGCCUUCAAGUUAAUUCAACUGAACAAGAAAUAUGGCUUCCUCGAGAAGAGCAAGGUCCUUCUAGAUCUUUGCGCUGCUCCUGGAUCAUGGUGUCAAGUCGCAGCAGAGGCCAUGCCGGCCAACAGUCUAAUCGUUGGAGUUGAUCUCUCCCCGAUCAAGCCUAUCCCAAAGGUCAUAACCUUCCAAAGCGAUAUUACCACCGAUAAAUGCCGCGCGACAAUAAGACAACAUUUGAAGACAUGGAAGGCCGAUACUGUACUUCACGAUGGUGCUCCCAACGUUGGUACUGCUUGGGUUCAGGAUUCCUUCAACCAAGCUGAACUAGCCCUUCAAUCCAUGAAACUGGCAACGGAAUUUCUAGUUGAGGGUGGUACAUUUGUCACUAAGGUCUUCCGAUCGAAAGAAUACAACAAACUUCUCUGGGUUUUCAACCAAUUAUUCACCAAGGUUGAGUCCACGAAACCUCCAUCCUCUCGAAAUGUUUCCGCCGAAAUCUUCGUCGUAUGUCGCGGUUACAAGGCCCCCAAACAUCUCGAUCCGAAGUUCCUUGAUCCUAGAUCAGUAUUUGCCGAACUCGCAGAUAGUGCUCCAAAUAACGAGGCCAAGGUCUUCAAGCCCGAAGUCAAGAAGCGAAAGAGAGGUGGUUACGAGGAGGGCGAUUAUACUCAAUUCAAAGAGAUACCUGCUAGUCAGUUCAUUGAGACCAUCGAUCCUAUAGCGAUACUCGGCAGUUACAACAAGCUUUCUUUUGAGCAACCACGAAACGGCGAUGUGGCGCUUGCUGCCUUGGACAAAAUGCCUGAUACGAACGAGGAAAUCAGAACGUGCUGUGCGGACUUGAAGGUAUUAGGCCGCAGAGAAUUCAAACUUUUGCUCAAAUGGAGAUUGAAAGCCCGAGAAGCCUUUGGAUUACCGACGAAGAAAACCACGAAACCCGUUGUACCCGAAGAGGUUGCUGAAGUUGAAUCCAUGGACGAGGAACUAAAAAUCCAAGAAGAGCUUCAAGCGUUAAAGGAUAAAGAUAGUGCUAAGAAGAAGCGCGAGCGGCGAAAAGAGAACGAGAAGAAACAGAGGGAAAUUGUGCGCAUGCAAUUACAUAUGGUUGCUCCAAUGGAUAUCGGUAUGGAACAGGCUGGCCCUGCUGGCAAUGACUCCAUGUUUGCAUUGAAACCUAUCGACAAGCAUGGUGCAGUCAAUAAGAUUGUGAAGGGAAAGAUGGCUAUGAUAAGUGAAGCGGAUGCCAAGAAAGACCGAGAUAGCGGUAUCGGAUCUUCUGGUGACACAGAUGAAGAAGACGAUGACGAAGAAGAUCGGCUAGAGCGUGAGCUUGACGGCAUGUAUGAUCAAUACAGAGAACGGAAAGCAGAAUCGGACGCGAAAUAUCGAGCAAAGAAGGCCAGACAAGAACAUGACGAUGGCGAAUGGGAAGGGUUAUCAGCCGACGAACAACAAUCUAGCGAUGAUGGGGAGCUAGAAGAGGAUAGUAGCGACGAAGAAUCCGAUGAAGAUUCAGCUCCCUCCAAGCCACUGCUCACCGAUUUAGAUAACCAACCUGGGGGGUCCAACGGCCUUUCGAAACGUGCUACCAACUUCUUUGGUCAGGACAUAUUCAAAGACAUAACAGGCAUUCUCGAUGAACCAAUGCCCGAUGCGGAUGAAGUUGAUGUGGAUGAAGAAUCCGAUGCCGGUGAACCAAUGGUUGUGGUAAAUGAGACUACAAAAGCAAAGAAGGAAAAACCAAAGAAGAGUAAAGCCGAAAAGCUUCCUGAACCUGAGGAUGAUAAUCGCAACGGUUUCGAAGUCGUCAAGCAAGAUCAAGAAGAUGACUGGGAGGACCAAGAUAAACGCCUCCCAGAUGGAAGACUCGAUAUCGACAUCAUCACAGCCGAAGCCAUGACUCUUGCACACCAGCUCGCCACAGGCCAAAAAUCCAACUACGACGUUAUCGACGAUGGAUUCAACAAGCACGCCUUCCGCGACCGCGAUGGUUUACCCGACUGGUUCGUCGACGACGAGGGUCGACACGACAAACCCCAAAAGCCCAUCACUAAAGCCGCGGCCGCCGCCAUCAAAGAAAAGACACGUGCCCUGAACGCACGCCCCAUCAAGAAGGUCCGUGAAGCCAAGGCUAGGAAGAAGUUCAAGGCUGCCCAGAAACUCGAGAAACUACGCAAGAAAUCCGAUCUCCUGGCUGCUGAGGAAGGAAUGACGGAGAAAGAGAAGGCGGAUAGUAUAUCGAAGUUGUUAGCAAAGGCUGCGAAGAAGAAACCCAAGGCACCGGCGAAAUUGGUUGUCGCUAAGGGCUUGAAUAGGGGUAUUAAGGGUAGGCCGAAGGGUGUUAAGGGUCGGUAUAAGAUCGUGGAUCCUAGGAUGAAGAAGGAACUUAGGGCGCAGAAAAGGAUUGCGAAAAGGAAGUAGAGGAUGGUACAUAUAAAACGUUUGGGUUCAAUUAUACGGGUAGAAAAAAAGAGUACCAGUCUGAGGUUGACUGGUUUGGAUUUUUAAAAAUCAUAUACCCUCAACAACGAAGAAUUAAUUGAACAUGUUGUGAUGUGUGGAA